CGCUUUCAAAAUGGCUACCGAGGCAACAGAACUUACCGUUUCUCCUAAUUUAGCUGGUGUCCCUCAUGUUGACUUUCUUGUAAGUAUUUAAACGUAAACAAAUAAGCGUUUUAAUGGGAAUAAAUGUAUCAAUAUAUAUUUUUUAAAAAUGUGUAUUUCUACUCUCUUGUUAAUUAAAAAAUAAAUACCAAAAAAAUAAAUACAAUGACUAUGGCUAUGGCUAGGUACUUCGGUAAGUCAAGGGAGACUACUACUUUUUGUGUAUGGGAUUUCGCAAUCGGCGCCAAAAAAUCUGAGUUUUUAAUUUUCCGAUGUGUGUGUCUAUUUAUUAUUAAAUUAGUACUUUCGAUAUGUAUUUGAGUUCCGUUUUCGGCCUUAUAAUUAGGUAGACAUCUUGGCCUACAUUUUAAUCAAUUUCUUUUUCAUUUACAAUAGGUACUUCGGUAAGUCAAGGGAGACUACUACUUUUUGUGUAUGGGAUUUCGCAAUCGGCGCCAAAAAAUCCGAGUUUUUAAUUUUCCGAUGUGUGUGUCUAUUUAUUAUUAAAUUAGUACUUUCGAUAUGUAUUUGAGUUCCGUUUUCGGCCUUAUAAUUAGGUAGACAUCUUGGCCUACAUUUUAAUCAAUUUCUUUUUCAUUUACAAUCAGUCAGCUUUGAGAAAAUCCUUGGUAAAUAUAAGGCAACUUUCAUCAUUAAAAUUAAGUCGAAGGAAAAAAUUUGUCACUACCAAAUUUUUUUUGCAUCUGGGGAAUCUAUUGAUCUACAUGUAUGCCAAUUUUCACAGCGAUAAGUGUCUUACGAGAGACGCUAUGUUUCUGCGCGUUCGCAGCAGGUCAUGCAGCUCGCUCAACCUAAUUUCGUCAUGGGGUGGGCCACGCCCCCUUUGUAAUGGCGGAAGUUGCCGAUACUUAGGAAAUAUUAAUUUAUUACCACUAUCUACAUCAAAAUAAUUGAUAACUUGUGUUUCAGAAUGCAUUUUAAAGACAUUUAAACUGGAAUGUUUUAAUUUGAGCUUUAACAACCCGGUAGAGUCCAUAUUAUAAAUGAUCAGAAUUUUCCGUGUGCAACACGUUGUCAUUGGCAACCAUUCACAGCCACUUGCAUAAUGACUGUAUCGUAGUACUACCUCAGAGUUUCAUUCAUAAGAGUUUGCCGUGUGCAAAAACUACUAUACCAUUGGUCAGGGAAAGCUUUAAUUAAUUAUUCAUGUGCCAAAGUUGAAAGUUUAAACUAAGUCGACCCUAAACAGUAUUUUAGUGAUAAGGCGAUGCGUUGCCUUAUAUAAAGUAUAUAGUCAUUGCGCAUGACGCGUUCAGCGGAAUGAGGUCACAAGAUGUGGAGGUUUCGUCCAUAGUAAAAAAUACCAAACGAACUCACACUUUAAAAAUUCAUAGCUCAAAAAGUACUUAAGCUAAAAAGUUGAUUCUGGUUUCAUUUUUUUUAUUUGAAAUUAGCUCUAACUAACUGUGCUAUUAAAAAAAUUAUUUGAAUUUUUUUAAAUUUUGUAUCCAAGUGCCUACUAUGGCAUGGGGAGAAACUAAAAAGUAAAAAGCAGUAAAAUAAUAAUUUAAAUAAUAAUAGUUAAUAAUAAUAAUUAAAAGUACAGUUGAGUAGGCAUGAAAUUAUUUCUGGUCUAAUUUUUACAAAUUACUGACGGUCCAUAAAUUAAAAGAUGGUUGGCAACACUUCCCCCUAGAUUCUAGAUACAUUACUAAAAUUACUUUGUUUUUUAUUGGUUGUGAUUGUGAUUCUUGAAAGUUGAAGACAAUCACUCAUAAUGAAAUGUAACUUAUAAAAAUUGAUCAAUUAUAAUUAAUUAAACAUUAAGUCCAUUUGUUAAAUUAUUAUAAUUAACAUUGUUUCAAGAAUCACGACCACGCAUAAACGAAGUAAUCCAUCUAGGGGAAGUGUUGCCAACCAUCUUUUAAUUUAUGGAUAGUCUAUAAAUUUUAAAAAUUAGACCAGAAAUUUCAUGCCUGUUCUCAACUGUACUGUAAGUCAUAAGAACUAUAUAAGUCAAGUUGUUAUUACUAUUAUUAGUAUUAGUAAAAACAUGCAACAUUUAAUCUACACAAUGUUUUGAAGUGAAAAAAACAGGAUAGCUGGCAAAAAUUGUAGCCCAUGCCAGACUGCCCCCCUCCCUCUCUCGCCAAUGGGUGGGGCACUGGUAUCUUUAUAACUAUAACAAAGUUCAGUUCAGCGGCCAUGGUAAACCCCAGCCCUAUUAUAACUAUAAAAAUAAUGAGAGAAAAGGUAACACAUAUCACAUUUGAUUUUGGGUUAUUAAAAAAUAUUUAAAAUUUUAUUGUUUGGUUUGUAAGAUGAAAGUUGGUAUCCAAUGAAAGAUUUCUUUGUCUUACAAACCCAACAAUAUUUUAAAAAAUUUUAAAAUAAAAAAUUGUUAAAUAAUGUUUAACAGCUCAAUUGUUCUUUUUUUCAUGUAGUUAAGUCACAAAAUAGAACUGAUUUUUAUUUAUUUAUUGUUUGGAAACUAACAUUUGUGAGCAAACCGGGUUGAAUUGGUUUAAGUCCUUCUGAAAAGGUUCUUGAAGUACCGGUUAUCAGCAUGCUACAACCUUUUCUGUGUUCUGCACCUCUUAAUAAUUUUUUACUUGUGUAGGGACAUAUUGAUGAAGAAAUUUAUUUAAAAGGAACUUUUAUAUUACAAUUUAAUAUUCAAUCUAGGUAAGGAAACACUGUUAUGGUUAAUACCUAUUUUUAAUUUAUUAUUUAUUGACCCCUUUUUUUAUACACUUAGGAAGAUGUGGAUGAGUUUAUGAAAAAGUCUGAUAACGAAACUGCAGAAUCUGUUUUAAAGAAGCAAGAGGAUCUUCACAACAAAUUUAAAUUUAUGGAAUAUAAUUUGAAUCUUAAAAAGUCCAGGUAAAACGUAGUAUAAUAUUUUUAUUGUGGCAUUUUAUUUUUCCUAAUAGUAAUUAGAUUUAAUAUCCAAUGUUUUCUUUGCUGUGUGUUUUGAAAAAAUUGUUAGUUAUGUUAAAGUAAUACGGUAAAUAAAAAAUUUUCUCUCAAGUAUAUGUGUUGGUAUUGGUAAUAUUAAUUUUAAAAGGGAAAGGAGAUUCAGAUUGCCAUAUCCAUACAGAGAAUUUAUUAUAAAAACAAUUAUGAUAGGCAUCACAAGAGACCAGGUUUAUUUAGUUGUAAUUUUAACUUUUAUUGAAAAAAUCAAAAUUAAAAUGACCAUAUUUUUUUUUUUUUGGUUCUCUUUUGAAAUAUAUUAAUUUCCAAAUGAUAUAGGCAAUUUAAGUAUUUUAAUAUUGAUGAUAAAGCAAACAUCAGCAGCUUGCUUCAAGCUUUUAAAUUUAUUAGCUCAGUCACCUCUUCAAAUAGCUGCUGCUUGAUAUGGUGAAUGCUAAUUUUCUUAUGGUAUUUACCAAUAGAAAUGGAGUGGGGGUAGUAAUUAACCAUACAAUCGGUAUCAGGUAGGCUUUUGUCAAGGUUGACGACCUUCUGUAAAUUUAUGGACAGUCUGUAAAAAUUUUAUAUAAAAUGACUUGUCCUUAGGAACUAUUUUGAAUGUAAACAAAAUUGAAACUCUCAGUGGUUGUGAAACUUCUUGGUUGUUUAAAAAUUGUUUGAUCAUAAGCAAGAGAAAUUAGCCACCGACGAUAAUGCUACAAAUAUAUGUUCUUUUAGAGAAAUACACAUAGUCAUAUGCCAAAGCCAUGGAUAAUUUAAUUUAAAUCCAGUUUUAACAAAUUUAUAUUGUGUUAAUAAAAAUGUGAUUAUCCUUAAAAAUUGUGAAUUUUUUUAUAUAUUUGUCAUUUAAUUAUUAUUAUUUAGGUGGUGACCCUGGCAUUGUCCAAUAACUUGACAUUUUUUUUGUCGUCACCCCCCCAUGUCAUCGUUAAGCAGUGGUCAGCAAACUUUUUCAACCAGCACUGGUACCCAAAAUAUGUUUGUUUAUGCCAACGCUACCCUUCUUGAUUUGAAUGGAAGAAAAUCACAAACUAUUUAGAUUCAAAUGGAUUAUUAAAUCUUUUUAUACAGAGAUUAAAAUUACAACAUACCGGGGUAUUUAUAAAAAGUACAAAAUAAAUUUGAUAUGAUGAAUUAAUAAGUCCUCAUUAUGUAACCAAAGGAUUUCGUUGAAAAUAUUUAAAAGUUUGUAGAAAUGUUUAAUUUUGAUACAGUAACAUCAAAGUUUGGGCUUUUUAUAUCAGAGCAAUUUGUAAACCGUCUUUGAAGUUAAAUAAUUGAUUGAUGCUUUGUUUUUAUGUUCAUUAGAAUGAAAAAUCCUUGUUCGCAAAGGUAGACUGUUGCAAAAGAGAGCAACUUUUUGACCUCCUUCUGACAAAUUUUGAAAGUCUAGGCGUCUCUUGAGGUUUUUAGCAUAGGCAGUAUCUUCAGUAGGGGUUGCAGUUGUGGUAACACUCUCACAAGUUUGAUGACAUCCUCAAACUCAAAGGGGAAUGGCACCAAAUGUGAAAUAGUAAAUUUGACAGAGCUCAAUAAAGUCGGUUUCAUUUCAAUGUUGCACAGGCUAGAUAGAGUGUUGCUAAUAGUGAAAUAAUAAAAAGGAACAUAAUUUUGUGUCUUUUGAUCCCUCAUUACCCCUUAGAUUUUCACUUUAACCCCUUUUGGGGUAAUUUACUCAGGUUCUCCGUGCCCCUGCCUUAAUGUUAAUGGCUUUAUUUGUUGUUAUUCAUAGCAGUUUUUUGGUUUAUUAUGUUUUAUAACCUUCAAAGUAUUUUUAAAAAUUUCAGAUUAAAAAAUCAAAUUCCAGAUAUAAAGAGCUCAUUGGACAUCAUCAAGCACUUGAUGCUGAAAAAGGUUCUUCUCUUAAACUUAAAGAAAACACAGAUUUAAAAAAUCUUAAAUAUAUAUCGCUAAAAAGUAUAGAAGUAUCCACAUCUCAGAAUGAUAUUGGGAUAAUUAAUUUAUGGUGAUGUUGCAAAAUAUAGCAACCGAUAACCCAUCCUUUUGAUACAUACAUUUUUUAACCCCUGUUACUCAAUCUUUUUGGCUAAGUUGGUAAACUUCAUUUUUUAGGGUAAUGUUUAAUAAUACCAUCUAUGUCCUCAGCAUUGAAUACAUUUUUAGGGUAAGGUAAAAAAAAAAGAAUAAAGGUCUUUGUUCUACUGUAUUAACAAGACAUUCAGUUAAUAAAUAAUUUGCUUUUAAAUAUUUUAUCUGCAGAAUAAUACAGAUCCUAUGUCAACACGUUUUUUGUUGUCGGACAACGUAUAUGCAAAAGCCACAAUACCACCAACAGAAAAAGUGUGCCUUUGGCUUGGGGUAAAUAUUUUACCACCUUUUCAAUGUCAAGUUUUUCAUUCCUAAUCCUAACAGCAUGAAUAUUUUCAGCUUACCCGGCGUAUUAUUCAUCACCAUUGUAAAUAUAUGACCAUCAAACUUGAGAGUACAGUUAUAAUUAUAAUCAAGGUAAACUACCAAACAGAGUUCAAGGUCACAUGGUCACUCUCUCAACAUAAAAAAUUAUUUUCAUGAAUCACAAAAACUUUUAUUUAUUCCAUUCUUCAGUUUUAAUGUUUUAGGGAGAUCUGUGAAGUUAUUUAAAAAAAUUUUUAAGUUUUAAUAUUUAAAAAUGUAUCCAUUUGUUUUACAUAAAAACAAAGCCUGUUCCAUGUUUUAACAUCUUAACUGAUUGAUUUUUUUCUUAACUGGCGGAGCUUUAAACUUUAAUUGAUAAAAGCUUAUAUGAUUUUGUGCUUUGCUUGCUAUGACAGUAUAAUUCUCUGAUAAAGAAACAAACUUUGUCAAAGAAAUAAAAAAGAUUCAUCAGAUUAAUCUACUUUUUAACCAGACAUUUUCAUUGUCAGUGUCUAUAAACUUGUCAUUAACCAUAUCAAUUAUCAACUAGACAGGAUUUUAUUACCUGUGUGCUCAGUAAAAAUAAUUGAACAUUAUUUUCAAUUAAUCCAAUUAAAGUUAAAGUUUUGCUGGGAUUAAAAGCAUAUGAGAUAGGUACAAUUCAGGAAAAAUUUGACAUGUUUGCAAUGCAUUUCUUUAUUUAAAAAAGAAAAUACCCUGUACUGUAACAGGGCAAAAAAUAUAGCUCACUUUUUAUAUAUUAGCAGUAUUUAAAAUUUUAUUUAAUGUAUUGUAUGUGUUAAAUAACUGUAUAUGAUUUUAUUUUUUUCCUUCAAUUUUGUCUAUGGAGAACAGGCUAAUGUAAUGCUUGAAUAUGAGAUUAAUGAAGCUGAUGAUGUGUUGAUGAAAAAUCUAGAUGCUGCCAAAAAGUCUCUUAGUCAAGUAGAAGAUGACCUGUUGUUUAUUCGUGAUCAAAUGACUACGUUGGAAGUCAGUAUCCUUGUUAAAAAAUUAUUAAGAAUUACCCAUCUUCUUUUUUUCAUUGGGUACCAGUAUCAGUAAUAUAUUGCAAGUUUUCUGGCUAAUCAUCAAUCGACAUCUAUCAUUUCAUUCAUUCUGUUUUCUAUUCUAACAAUUCUAAAAUGGCCUUAAUAGUUUUAUUGGGAACAUUAAUUUUCGACUGGUUUUCUUCUUCUUCCCUGAAUUUAUCAACAGCUCAUUUACAGUUGGUUCCAAAUGUUUAUUUUUACAGUGUUACAGUUAUAGUUACAUUAUUAUAGACCAUUUCCUCCUCUAUCAUCAGCCGGGUUACUAUUAACAGAAUUUCACUGUAUUAGUUUAUUUGUAGGCAGCAAGAGAAUAUUUUUAUAAAUCCUCCACUUUUUACAUUCUGGUACUGGUAG